UUGGUUUCCACUGUGGCCAGAUCGGAGCACGUGACGACGGCACGGAGAGAGGCACCGAGGGACCGGACCGUCUCCAUCCCCCGCAGAGCAGUGCGGAUGAAACACCGGUCACCUUCAGAGCAGCAUCACGGGAAAAGGCCCCGUGUUCCCGCCGCGGCCGCCUCCACCUCACCGCGAGACCGAAUGGAGGACAAAACGCCGUCGAAUCCGCGGGAACUCACCCAGAACCCUCUGAAGAAGAUCUGGAUGCCGUAUAAAAAUGGCCUUCCAGAAAGACACAUUUCUCAAAGAAGGGUAUGUAUGACCAACUGUCCCACCCUGAUCGUGACGGUGGGCCUUCCUGCCAGGGGGAAAACCUACAUCUCCAAGAAGCUGACCCGCUAUCUCAACUGGAUCGGGGUGCCCACCAGAGAGUUCAAUGUUGGCCAGUACAGGAGAGAAUUUGUGAAGAUCUACAAGUCCUUUGAGUUCUUCCGUCCGGACAAUGAGGAGGGGUUAGAGAUCAGGCGACAAUGUGCUUCAGCAGCGUUGAACGAUGUGCGACAAUACCUCACAGAAGAAGGAGGCCAAGUUGCAGUUUUUGAUGCUACAAACACCACCAGAGAAAGAAGGGAAACCAUCAUCCAGUUUGCCGAGCAGAAUGGCUUUAAGGUGUUCUUUGUUGAGUCUGUGUGUGAAGACCCAGAUGUCAUACAGGAGAACAUCGUGCAAGUGAAGCUGGGUAGCCCCGACUACACCAACUGUAACACAGAGGAAGCAGUGGAAGAUUUCAUGAAGAGGAUCAAGUGUUAUGAAAACUCCUACGAGACUCUGGAUGAAGUUCAGGACAGGGAUCUCUCCUACAUUAAAAUCAUUGACGUGGGUCAGCGCUAUAUGGUGAACCGGGUGUUGGACCACAUCCAGAGCCGGAUCGUCUACUACCUCAUGAACAUCCACAUCACGCCACGCUCCAUCUACCUGUGCCGCCACGGCGAGAGCGAGCUCAAUGUCAAGGGACGAAUCGGAGGAGACUCGGGCCUCACCCCUCGAGGCAAGGAGUUUGCUAAGAAGCUGAGCCAGUUCAUCCAGGCGCAGGGCAUCAGCGACCUGAAGGUGUGGACCAGUCAGAUGAAGAGAACAAUCCAGACAGCUGAGGCUCUCAGUGUGCCCUAUGAACAGUGGAAGGUCCUGAACGAGAUUGAUGCAGGUGUGUGUGAGGAGAUGAUGUAUGAGGAAAUCCAGGAGAACUAUCCUCUGGAGUUUGCCCUGAGGGACCAGGACAAAUACCGCUAUCGGUACCCAAAGGGAGAGUCCUAUGAGGACCUGGUGCAGCGGUUGGAACCGGUCAUCAUGGAGCUGGAGAGGCAGGAGAACGUGCUGGUCAUCUGUCACCAGGCUGUCAUGCGCUGCUUAUUGGCCUAUUUCCUGGACAAGACAGCAGAGGAACUGCCGUACCUGAAGUGCCCGCUGCAUACUGUGCUGAAGCUAACGCCGGUGGCCUACGGCUGUAAAGUGGAGUCCAUCAGCUUAAACGUGGAUGCAGUCAACACACACAGAGAAAGACCAGAGAAUGUGAACGUCCAUCGUACAACUCAAGACGCCCUGCAGACCGUCCCUCCUCACCUCUGACACGCUGCUGCUGGAAUCCACUGAGGGGGAAGUUGGCCCUCUCCUUCUCUCCCUCUCUCUGUCUCCCUUGUGACGGACUCUUUCGCCUUUCCGACAGCACAACCUGCUCACUGUGGUGACUGACCGGGUGACGUGCCUCCUCCUGCCACACCCACACACCCAUACCUCUCUGAAACCCUAUUGCCCAUCUUUUUUUCAAGGGAUUAGAAGGAACCUGAGCACAGGAUGAGUGUUUGGGUCUCAGUGUUCAUAUCUGAAAGCCACACUCUGUUGCACUCAGCAUAGCUUGUCCAGUUUAGUAAUGAACCAAACUUUUGUCUUGCACAGAGGGGGAUUUUUAACACUUGGGUCACAGCAGUUUCUUAUCUAUUUGUUACUGUAUUCAGUGUGGUCACAGUGAGUUGAUAUUGUAAGGCAGUAGAAUUAACACUGAAGGUUACUGCAAUAUGUUUUUUAAGUAUUAUCCCUGUGGUUUCAUCAAAUGAUGCUGCGACUCCCUGCUACAUGUUGGACGUGUUACUGUAUUGUGCCAUCAUUGUUUCACGCGAAGGUCUCUUCAGUGACGAUGUGCAGUUUCAGGGUUUCAAAACCUCGGAAAAAAAACAUUAUGAAGGUUACUGUUUUGACAAUAUGGUGGUUUAUGAAUGGAUGGACUGGGUCGUUAUUAAUAGCGUUUCUAUGGUGAAAGCAGCCACUUCAAUUUUCAAUUUUAUAUGGACGGGUAAUGUAAAAAAAGUUGCUUAUCUUUAGCUGUGUGGUCUACAGCAAAUACAGUAUGUGAUCGCACCUGAAACAGAUGUGUUAUGUAAAUGUUGAUUGUACAGGCAGACCUCCAAUGACAUUAAAACAUGUCUUUAAUACUUCUUUGUCAAGACCACGUCUGAGCACACAAGGUACUGGACAUGCAAAAAUGCAACGUUAGCUCAAAGCUGCUGAUGUUGAUAUUGGUCAUGACUUCAAAAGGAACAUACCAACUCUACUAUAAUAAAGAUGUUAUUUUUAUAAACCAA